GCGAGAGCGUGAGUGUGGUUGGUGGAAGCCGCUGUCAAGUUGUGUCAGAUUCCGAAGAGGACUCACCGCGCGCCAUGUCACGACUGAUCGUGAAGAACCUUCCCAAUGGGAUGAAGGAGGAGCGCUUCAAGCAACUGUUCGCCGCCUUUGGCACGCUGACAGACUGCAGCCUGAAGUUCACCAAGGACGGCAAGUUCCGGAAGUUUGGCUUCAUCGGCUUCAAGUCCGAGGCAGAGGCUCAGACGGCUCUGAACCAUUUCAACAAGAGUUUCGUCGACACGUCCCGCAUCACGGUGGAAUUCUGCAAGUCGUUCGGGGACCCGACAAAGCCCCGAGCCUGGAGCAGACAUGCCCAGAAGCCCAGCCUACCUGAGCCUCCUUCCAAAGACCCCGUCGCCUCAGAAACAAAGCAAGACGAUGGGAAGAAAAAGGUCGCCUGUGAGCUGGAGAAGUUGAAGGAAGACAGCGAGUUCCAGGAGUUCCUGUCGGCCCACCAGAGACGGUCGCAGACCGCCACCUGGGCCAACGACGCCCUGCCCACCCAGCCUGAGAAAGCGAGGGGCAAGCCUGCUGGCGACUACCUGAACUUCGACUCGGACUCGAGCCAGGAGAGCGAGGAGGAGGGGCCCGGCGAGGGCCAGGAAGACCUCACCCCAAAGACGGCUGUGCAGAAGGGGCUGUCUGACAUGGACUACCUGAAAUCCAAGGUGGUGUCGGCAGAGCUAACAUCUUCUGAGGAAGAGGAGGCGAGUGAAGAUGAAGCUGUGAACUGUGAGGAGGGGAGCAAGGACCAGGAUGCCUCCCCCCCCCCCACCCAGCCUGCAGUGCAGAGGAAGGGGGCCGGCCGGGAGCAAGGGGUUGCAGCCGGGAAGGAGCGCCCACAGGAAGCCCAAGUGGAGCAGAUGGAAAGGCCAGCCACCCAGAAGGAGCCCACCACUCCCCACACCGUGAAGCUGCGAGGAGCCCCGUUCAACGUCACCGAGAAAAACGUUACAGAAUUCCUGGCACCCCUGAAGCCAGUGGCCAUUCGGAUCGUGAGAAACACCCACGGGAACAAGACCGGGUAUAUCUUUGUGGAUUUCAACAGCGAGGAGGAAGUGAAGAAGGCGCUGAAAUGCAACAGGGAGUACAUGGGUGGACGCUACAUCGAGGUGUUCCGGGAGAAGAGCGUUCCCGUGGCCCAGGGGCCCCUGAGGAGCAGUGGUCAACCCUGGCAGGGCCGGGCCCUUGGGGAGCACGAGGAGGAGGAGGACCUGGCCGACUCCGGGAGGCUCUUUGUGCGCAACCUGCCCUACAGCAGCAGCGAGGAUGACCUGCAGCUGCUCUUCUCCCCAUAUGGUCCCCUGUCUGAGCUCCAUUACCCCAUCGACAGCCUGACCAAGAAACCCAAGGGCUUUGCCUUCGUCACCUUCAUGUUCCCCGAGCACGCGGUGAAGGCCUACGCUGAGAUCGACGGGCAGGUGUUCCAGGGCAGGAUGCUCCAUGUGUUACCAUCCACCAUCAAGAAAGAAGCCAGCGAGGACACCAGCACCCCAGGCUCGUCAUCGUACAAGAAGAAGAAGGAGGUCAAGGACAAGGCCAACAGCUCCAGCUCUCACAAUUGGAACAUGCUGUUCAUGGGGCCCAACGCGGUGGCUGACGCCAUCGCCCAGAAGUAUAACGCCACCAAGAGCCAAGUCUUUGACCAUGAAACCAAGGGCAGUGUGGCCGUGCGCGUGGCCCUGGGUGAAACCCAGCUCGUCCAAGAAGUGCGGCGUUUCCUCGUGGACAACGGGGUCUGUCUGGACUCCUUCAGCCAGGCUGCCGCAGAACGGAGCAAGACAGUCAUGCUUGUGAAGAACCUCCCGGCCGGCACGCUGGCAGCAGAGCUGCAGGAGCUCUUCGGCCGUUUCGGCAGCCUGGGCCGCGUGCUGCUGCCGGAAGGUGGCGUCACCGCCCUCGUGGAGUUCCUGGAGCCUUUGGAGGCACGCAGGGCCUUCCGGCAGCUGGCCUACUCCAAGUUCCACCACGUGCCCCUGUACCUGGAAUGGGCCCCGAUGGGUGUCUUCUCCAGCCCGGCCCCGCAGAAGGGAGCGCCCCAGGACAACAUGCCCUCAGACACAGACAAGGCAGAGCCAGAAGUCGUACCAGCAGGUGAGACCCCAGCAGAGGAAGAGGCAGAGGGCUCUUCUGCGAAGGAAGAGGAGGAGGAGGAAGAGGAAGAGGAGAGCCUUCCAGGUUGCACCCUGUUCAUCAAAAACCUCAACUUCAACACGACAGAGACGACCCUGAAGGAGGUGUUCUCCAAGAUGGGCGUGGUGAAGAGCUGCUCGGUGUCCCGGAAGAAGGACAAAGCAGGAGCACUGCUGUCCAUGGGGUUUGGCUUUGUGGAGUACCGGAAGCCAGAGCAGGCCCAGAAAGCCCUUCGGCAGCUCCAGGGUCUCGUCGUGGACAGCCAUAAGCUGGAAGUGCGGAUUUCAGAGCGAGCCCUCAAGCCAGCCACGACGUCCACGCGAAAGAAGCAAGUGUCGAGAAAGCAGACGACUUCCAAGAUCCUGGUGCGGAACAUCCCCUUCCAGGCCAACAGCCGGGAGAUCCGAGAGCUCUUCAGCACCUUCGGAGAGCUGAAGACGGUGCGUCUGCCCAAGAAGUUGGCCGGGACGGGCGCCCACCGAGGGUUCGGCUUUGUUGACUUCCUCACCAAGCAGGACGCAAAGAGAGCCUUCCAGGCCCUGUGCCACAGCACCCAUCUGUACGGCCGGAGGCUGGUGCUAGAGUGGGCAGACUCCGAGGUGACAGUGCAGGCACUGCGACGCAGGACGGCAGAGCACUUCCACGAACCCCCGAAGAAAAAGCGGUCUGUGGUGUUGGACGAGAUCUUAGAACAUCUGGAAGACAGUGAUGGUGGCAACGAGUAGCAGGCCCUUCAGCUGCGAGCUGUCGACGUGCAGCUGCCAGUCCACGUCCCACCUACCCACAGAGGGACAUCUGAAGGAGAACUUUGGCCUCCUGCCCCCAGCCUACCUCAGCGCCCCAUCCCUAUCAGACGGAUGCAGCCCCUGCCAGGAGGAGCUUGGGGUUUGGUAGCGUCUUGGAAGCGUGUCUGCCUUGUGGAGCAUUCUGGAACUAUGACAGACGUCAUCCUCAUGGCCACUCUGGGCCAAGGUGACCCGGGGACCCACGUGACAAGCACACAGACACCCAGGAGAGUGGCCACAGAUGGGCAGACGCCACCCAGAAACACCUGUGUCCAACUGCCGGGUACACUGGCAGUGACUGCCGGCCCCCCGCACAGUGGGUCACCAGGGGAGUUUUGGAACUGGGUGGGGGUGUAUUUGCAGCCAUGGUGGGACGGACAUCAGACACCAGACAAGUUGGAAACAAGAUCCUGAGAGGUUC